AUGGCGGCCACUGAAAGGCAGUGGUAUGUGGGAGAGGACGGAUGUAUAUCCGUUGGUGAACCAGCCAACGACGUCACAUACCAUUCUGCAUUGAAUUCCAUCAUUGUAUCAACUAAAGAACCAUCCGUAAAAAUUUAUGAUGUGGCCUCUGGAGCCAUCUUACAAAAAUCAAGUCUUUCCGCACAAGGCAAAGAUGCAGUUAAAUGUGUGUAUAUAUCUGGAAGAGACAGAAUAGUAUUUUGUGAUCAAAAUGCUGUUGGAGUGCGGAGUGACCUGAGGGGUAUGAUCCUUUUGGACACUUCUCUACAGCCUCCAGUAUCAAAGGCAGAAGACUUGGUCAAAGUGGAGAUACCCUUAGUGGAGGCUAUUCAGCUGCUGAAGUCAUUAGUCAGUGCAGAGCUCCCGGGAGUGGAUCAUGUAGAUGAUGUUGUGAAGGAGCUGGAAAAAGGGAUAGAAGUUGUGCAGGAAUCCACAAAAGGAAAUCUUAAAACAUCCAAGUGGGCAACAGUUUGUGUAGAGCUUCCCCAUGCCAUCCUGAAAAGUGUAUGUUCAAGUCUUGUGUCAGAGAUGAGGAGACUGAUGGUGUACAACCCAGGUUUAUCAGUGGCUUCAGCUAUAAGUGACAGACUAACAUACCUCUUGCCCAACCCACAGCAAUUGGAGGGCACCAGUGCCCCAUGUGAGAGAGCUAUGAUGUAUAGUGAGGCAGCACGACAAGAGACCUUCAAAAAGUGGCCACAUAUGAAUUACAAAUGGGCUUUACCAGAUCCUAUGUCCCAGGCAGGCUUUUAUCACCAGCCCAAUUCUAUCGGAGAUGACAGAGCCAUGUGUUUUACUUGCAAUGUGUGCCUGGUGUGUUGGGAGCCUACAGAUGAACCCUGGUCUGAGCAUGAAAGACAUUCACCUGCUUGUCCAUUUGUGAAAGGAGAAUACACACAGAAUGUACCUCUAAGUGUUACCUAUGCAAGUCAGCCAGCAAGGAGACAUGGGGACAGCAAUGAAAAAAUUGAAUGUCUGAGUACAACCAAUACAGAUGAUUUUGUGGCAACAUCUACCUUGAAUGGAAACAUCGUAGUGUGGAACAUCUCCAAGAUUUCAAAGAAACACUGUCAGUUUAAUCUGGAUCCAACUGCCACUGUCAUUGCAAUGAAGACUGGUCUGCAGAUUGACCGCCCGAGUGUGAGAGAGAUCCACACUCAGACCACAGAUGUUGAGUCUUCAGAAGGUGCUGAGCAGUGUGAAAGCAUAACAAAUGGUGAUGGUGGAAGUGAUGAGAAACCUGAAUUUUUAUCGACAAAUGGCUUAGAUGUAAAACAAGAUGAUGAUAAAGUGAAAGAACAAGAAUCUUUGUAUGAGAUACCACUUCAUAGCAAACCGGAUAAAUCAGAAGCCAGUACACGGUCCCGGCCUUGUGAAGAUGUGUUAGUGAAAUCCUUAUGUGUCCUUAGAAAGCCCAAUCCAGAAAAAUGGUCUUCAUCAAAACAAAGCAGUAAUGGAAAUAGUGGUACAAAAUCCAAAAGGAAAUCCAGAUCUUAUCCUCAACCCACAGUAGUGUGUGGGGCUUCCCUCAGGCGGACUAAUCUCACACUAACUAACAAGGAGGUACAAAACACUGAUAUCACAACAGAAGUUCAGCUCAUGAAUGAAGUUAAUGAAGUGGUAAGUGGUGAUUCUAAUCCAAGGAUUAUUGAGGACGAAGAUGAGGAGGAUGAAGAUGAAGCAUGUCAUGAUGAAUUGUUGAAUUCUACUGAAUUUGUGCCACAUAUACUUUUGUUAGCUGUUAAAGAUGAUAGUAGAAAAAGUAGUAAACACAAGGAAAAGGAAAGUAAAAAGGUUUCCUCCUCUUUAUCGACUAGUGGGUUGAGUUAUGUUAAUGUACCAGUGCUAGGGUCUGGAGACAGUGUUACUGUCAGUAGUAGUAAUUGGGCACAGAUGGAUCCUAUGUUUGAUCCUGAUCCAGACCCAGAUGUUCAGAUAACCGGGAUCACCCCUGGACCUAGUACCAACUUCACUGGUACCAUUAAUGUGUCCACAACUGUGACCAGUGACAGUUCACCUGUGGUUGCCGAAGAUGUAACUAUACGAAAUACUUCAGUGACAUUAAAGUUACGAGCUGGGGCUGUGUUACAAUGUGUAGAACUCCCAGAGAAUCUGCGGUCUGACAAUUUUGAAAUUUCUCAUAUUAUUCCUACAUUAGAUGGACAACAUUUGGUGGUGGUUGUGAAGCCGAGAAUUAGACAUUGGAAUGCGGCUGCUUCAGCGGAGAACAACACUGUGAUAUCCAACUCGGUAACAAAUAACUGUGAUGAAAUUCAAACUGCUUCUGAGGACCUUAGCUCACCUAGCUCUGUGUCUGAUAUGGAUUUAGACUUGCAAAAGGAUAGUGAGAGAAAUGGGGACUGCCAAGGGGGCUGUAUAUUAGUGUACAGUUUUACCUAUGGUAGUGAGUAUGCAGUGUUGGACGAGUCACCUGUUGUAAUCAGGUGUAUUGACAAACUUAGUCAGGGUGUGAAAACUGUUCUGGUGCUUCCACACGACGUGUGCGACCUGCAAGAGGAUGACGAUGACUUUGCAGUGUAUGGACAAGGGGGUCAAGUGCCAAAUUCAGUCUCUAAUAGGCCAUCUGCUGGCAUCCAUGGUCAGAUAGCUGUUACUCUAGUCAGUGGUAAAGUGUGGCUUCUCAACCUUUGUGAUCUCAGUCGGGUUGCAGAGGUCAGUCCUCCAAGGGGAGACAUGUUUGUUUCUUCUACAUACUGCACAGGUAUUGAGCGACUAUGUAUAUGUACAGCACAAGGAAAGCUUCAUUUCUACCAGCUUUGUGACCACGGUCCACCUGAAACAAAGACAAAUCCACUCGACUCACCUGAUGGACUGUGCAAUGGAGAAUUUCCUGUUGAGUUUGACACAGCGCAGAGUAAGCCAGAACAGGAGAGCAGAGAGUCUACAGAUAAGUGCAGUCCUGGGUCUGACAUGCUUGCCAUGCAGCCUGUCAAUGUAGAGAAUCUGGUAAUCCUACAUAACUUGAUUCAGUUUGAGAAUCUGAUGCCUCGAUUUACUGCAACUGUGCCAGCUUGCUGGACAGAGAUCCAACAGGAACAACAACAGCGACGACACCCUCAGCACCUACAACAUCAAGGAGAAGCUACUCAACACACAAGGACAUGGAAACUUCAACAGGAUUGCAAUACUUGGGAGGAACACAUGUUGGAGAUAGUCUUGCCUCGACCUUGCUGUGUUGGACAUGUGGAUGUCAAGUUCACAUUACAACCCCAGUGUAGUAAUCCACCAGACAUACAGGUGACACUGCUCAAACAAAAUAUCACUAGUCUUGGUCGUCAACCCACCAUACCAUCAAGUCCAAGUAGUGCUGAUGUGGACAAAGGAAUAGACUUUGGUAUGUCCAGAGCUGGCAGUAGUUCUGAAUCACAGGAAAAUUACUGUAAGCCAACGGAGAGCUCUAGCAAUAAUGUUCUGGAUCCUCUGUUCCAGGAAAGUCAUAAUGCUGAGAUACUUUGUGGCCCUAUUAAUCUUUCUUCUUGUUUAGAUCUAUCUGGUAAUAGUGGUAUUAUCACUCUUACAAGUCCACAGCUGAUGAGCUCAAAGCCAAAAGCUUUCCUCCUGCACUUCAAAGGGUUUGCUCAGAACAAAAAUUCAGACGACAAAACAAAUGACAAACCGAAGGAUUCCAAAAAGAAAACUGCACCAGCUACAAGUACAGCUCAAAAGAUGAAGGUAAUGAAGACUGCAUUUGACAAUGAUCUGUUUGUACCACUUAAGGAGACUGUAAUCUCAGCUCUGCCCAGGCCCAAGUUACCUGAGAAUUUACAGGGCUGUGAUUGGAUACAGGAGCUGUCUAUCACCAUUAGGAAGUCCAAAAAGUUGGCACUUCCAAAAGAAAGAUUACAGAGAAUCUCGAUGAUAGAAAGUACUGACUUCCAUGAGAAUCUUUUGUCAGCAGUAGGCUGUGAGGAUGAGUUUACUUUUGGUGGGGUUAGUAAACAACAGUGGCAGGAUAUGAUACUAGAUAUUCUGAUGUGGAUCACUGCUUCUUUGCCACAGACAAUUCAAAGUAAACUUGGAUCUUUGAUCAAAGCUUGUUUCAUCUACGGGUCACGUACCACAGCUCACAAAUGUUCAAGGCUACUAGCUAUGUGCAUGGAUCACAACAAGCAUUCAUCUGAUACUGAUGUGUCCCCAACCUUCAGCUGGGGUCUACUGCAUGCUUUACUGGAGGCUCUUAAGCUGCUUCCAUCUGCUCACUCAGCUGGUGCAGUCAAGUGGUUUUUCAGUAUGCUCAACCGUGUUAAGUGUGUGGAUACAACAACAGUUGCCCAGCAAUGUGCUGAACUCAUGAUGUUCACUGCUAAACAUUACUAUGACAGACUGUUGCCUCUACAUUCACUACUGAAGUCUAGGUUUGGUUUAUAUGGUCAACCCUUUGAUCCUGAUCUGUUUGACACUGAUCUUCCCAUGGCUCUGAAACAGACAAUCCCAGUCACGCCAAACUAUGCAGCAACAGCCGCUGGUUCUACUGCUGGGAACAACAACAAUAAUUCGGUGAUUCCAACACUGAUAGCUGAUGAAAUGGACUUCUAUGACUUGUUUAAUCCUCCCUCAGAAAAGUCUUCAAAGGCCCAACUGGAAUAUGCCAGGAGUAGUAUAUUUGGACUGUUGGAAGUAGAGCCUCUCCAUUUCUUUUGCCAUUCUACAAGUGAUGGUACAAAAAUGGAGAGACUGGAUACAAGUGCUACAGGUCACUCUGCCUCUCUCAACACAUCUGGACUUUCUGGUACCAUCAAUUUUGGGGAAGCACUUCCCUCACAGCCUCCCACAGCCAGUGCUUCUACUCUUGCAUCAAUGUCAUCCAAUAUGACUAAACAGCUUAUGCAGGAAAACAGCCAAAAAAGCCAUACCUUUAAACACAAGACCACCUUCAAACACAAGAUUGAUCACAUCAAAGAUGCCAUCAAGAUUCUAUCAGAGGUGAACAAAACCAUUUCUGAUGACCUCACCACGAAAACUGUCACCUCUGAUCAGCUGUUGCCUCCCACCCCUAAAACCACUCCACAGGUGAUGACCCCACCCUUGACACCACCUAAUGAGACAUGGCAGCAGAAUCAAGGCACCAAUGACAAGUCUGACACCUUGAAACAACAGUAUGCUCAGGCCCAGAAAUCAUCACUAGGGAUUCCCAACACUCAGACUCUGCUGCAGCCUCCACCUCUACAGGUGCUAGUCAUAGAGAGGAUGCACUCAGGUGCUCGUCGAUUUGUAAUCCUGGACUUUGGUAAGCCAGUGGUGCUAACUGAUGUGGUGAUCCCAGCUUGUGCCGAUCUUGCCUCGUUAUCUAUAGAUGUAUGGGUUCAGGGUGAGGAGAUAGAUGGUCAAAGAUUUGUGGUGGCUGGAGACAUAGGAAGCAGAUCUCUCAUCAUGAAUGAUAUUAUGCCAGCACCUGUGUGUAGAUACCUCAAGAUAACCACCAUUGGCAGAUAUGGUAGUGGUUCUACAAGAACAAAGAUUCCAAUCGGUGCAUUCUAUGGGCACAGUUGUAUCUUGCCGUGGGAGUGGAACAGUUACCUAGAACAGCAGAGCUCUCAAGGCAUGUCAGGGAGUCAACCGGAACUGCCAACCCAACCCCAUUUAUUAGCCCAACUAAGUGUGUACAUGUCGUUGCUGGAGGACAUUCAGUGUCGCUACAGUCUGGCUAGAACCAGGCUGGAGAAUUUGUUGGCAGCUGUAAAUACUCAGCAGUAUGCCAGUGGCCAUAUACAGUACUAUUUGAAAAAGCAGAAAAAGAAUGACUGUGAUAAUAAAAUUUUACAGGCCUAUAAUGACUGCCUUCAACUUCAGCUUCAACAGAACCUCGCUCAAAGAGCAACAGACAGACUCAAUAGUGCUUUAGGAUUCAAAGGACAUAGAGUGGAGACCUCAGGGACACUGAACACACGACUGCGUCAGGCUUGCACAGACAAACUCAGAUUUUUGCUAGAGCAGACACUUGACACAUUAAUCAGUUUAACAACUGUGUCACCAAGUAUUCCACAAUCACCAGCCUCUUUGUUCAAAAUGUUGGACCCUAUGAACUCAGAAAUGUUGUUCAAGCAUUUGUGUGUACAUGGGACAAAGAAAAUCCAGAUUAGUAUGGGAAUGCUACUGAUGCGGGUCUGUGGUAGUCAGCAGUGGUGGGGCAACUUCUUAGGCAAUGCUCUACAGGAAUUCUUCCACUCAGAAAAUACACAGAUCUUCUCCCAAGAUAGGGUGUUUGUACUGCUAUUGGCGAUGGGACAGAAAGUAUUGUCAGGCCCAAGUGCUGUACACAUCAUGGAGAGUUUAUUGGACAUGCUGGCCCGUGUCCUUAAUCCUCUCAUUAACAGCCAGCAAUCAAUGCAGUUUGGUCAAACAGGGUUGAUAGACUUAACACUAGUGGGAUGGAUACUUUUAUUCCUGUGUCGGAACCUGGACCACACAUUUGUUGUAGGAUCAAAUGGAGAAGACCGUCAAAUAAAACGAGAAAAUGGUAACAGUCUACCAAAUAGAUGGAAUUUCAUUCAAGGAGACCAUAAUAUGGUUAACAAUAAAAGUAAGGUGAAGAGUUCCAAAGUAUACCGUUGGUCCAUGCACAAACGACUUCUGCAUCACAAACAAAAGCUUAUGGAUCUUCAACAGGCCCAAAAGACAUUCUUCAACUCUGACAAAACAACUUCAAGCAGCAGUACUUCGCUUCUCAAACAGCAGGAGAAACAGUUCCGCAAAGAGCUGUCUCAGUAUGCCUCUAAGUAUGUCAUUGAAAUUUUUCAGAUGAGGUCCAGUGUUGAUGCCUUACGUAAACAACCAAAGAUGGAUGAGGUGGCAGGUUCCUGUAAGAGUAAUGGAGAUUUUGAUCAUGACGGUGUUCUGGUGUUGCCCAAGGACAAGACAUUACGGGUAGUGCGGGGUCUCAUGGCCCUCCUUCUGAGCAUGGACUUCACAUGUAAUGUUGACCUGUUUCUGGUCACCUGCAAGGUGCUUGCCACUAUUUGUGUGACUACACGGCCGGCUAUUACUCUAUCUGAGGCCAUGGGGCAGGAACAGCUGGAAAAACUCAUACUACUGGCAUCUAACAUGGAGUUCAGUCACAGCAACAUCAGUUGGGGAGGGCCUUGGGCGGGACAUGCAAUAACAUGUCUACUACAAGACAUACUUGAUGGUGAGAAAUUUUAUCCUCCUAACAAUGACACACCUGAGUUGACAGAGGAGUGUAUCAGUAACAUCACAGAGUCUGAAGACAGCCUACCUAGUAGUGUGGGUUUACCUACCAUGGAGGACAGUGAAUCAGGGGCUGACAACCAAGAUGCUGAUUCCUCCGAGAGUAAAGAUGAUUCAACAAAGAUGAAUUUUGAUAAGGAAUCAUCUAUGAUGGUAGACCUGCUGCUGAACGGAGAAGAGGAAUAUGAGGAAUCAGCUGCAAAAUUACAUGCAUAUGUGACAGGCCAUGCCAGUAAACCAGCACCUCCCCCCAUGUCUCCGUACGAAACACCAAUACCAACUACCAGCCUCAAUGGCGCUCUGGAAAUGAAUUCUUCUGGAGUGUUUUCUGCAGAGAUGGAGAAAGUGGAAAAGUUAAUGGUUCAGAAGCUAAUUGGUCAAAAUAAACAAAUGGCUGAGAUGACCAAAGGAGACAAGACUCUGGCUAAUACUGGUACCACCCUUCAACAGAUGCCCUCUCUACUAGGGUCUACUUUGCCAGGCUAUCCUGGCAAUCUACGGUCAAGUGUAAUGGCCAUUGUCCAGGGCAUGUCAACAGCUAUGGAUGCCAGAUUAGAGUUUGGUCUGGAAACACACGCUGAGAUCAGACUCAAGACCAUGUUGUCUUUACACACGGAGAAUGUUCAGCAGGCCUUCUCUUCAUCCUUACCUACGGCACCCUCUCCUGGUGUUAGUAUGGAACAGGCUGCCCCCGCAACUACUGAUGAUGAACUUUCAGAAAGUAGAGCAAAUGCACCAGAGACUUCAUCAUCAGAGAUGUUGAGUCAGUGUUACGCCCAUCUGUUUAAUAAUCUAAUACCUCAGCACACAAAUCUUGAUGCCCUUCUGCAAUUGUGGCUCACUUUGAAUGGUGAAGGGAGUUCUGAAGGCAGCAGUACUCAGUUGACUUUUGACCCUAGUCGGACACCUCUAAUCCCCCUUAGUGCUACCUCCAUGGCUAACAUGCUUGCCCUGGUGAAUGCCACACCCAGCUUGCCAGUGUGUACAUGGGUACUUGUGUUCCAGUCACUUACUCUGUUGGCCAAUCAGAAGACUCGCCUUUACCCCUUGGGGCCAGAGCAGUCCAUGGUGAUUCCAAUGUUGGCUGAACGAAACCUUAUUGCAGUUAUCACCAGAUUCUUGUCGGGUACCUCAGAAUAUGGACCUAUAGCAUCAGCAGCACAGUUUUCACAGGUUGGACCCUCUGCUACCAAAAGCUUUUAUGAGUUUUUACUGAGGCUUUUGGUUAAAUGUUCUGCUGAUAACCUAAAGAAUCUGAAAGAGUUGAUGCUGACUUUGGUGUAUAAUCUUUGUGCUGAGAGAGGUGCCUUCCAUUCUGGCCUAGGACCCCUUGACGCUCAGUGUAAAUUCCUAUCUUUCAUUCUGGACAUGUCAUAUGAGAACAUUGAGGUUGGCAAUGCCUUGAGUGUGAUUGAGUCAAUCAGUAGUCUUGUCCAUCAGCAUAUACUAUGUCAGGAGCGCAUCAGCUGCCGCAGUUCCUCAGAGAAUAAUGUUAAUGCCAGGUCAUGUUUUGGUGGACUGUUUGCUAGUCUGUUGCGAGGAGUUGACUCUAGGUCCUCUGCUGGAGAUGCCUCCAGAGACUCCUUAAUGUGUAGUCUACUCAGGCUCAUUAACAGUCUCAUACAAAUUCGAUAUGGACAACGGACAAGUCGUAUAUCAUCUGUGGUACUGGAUAAUAGUACAGAGCCCCACACUCCCACCCUAAAUCUUUCUGCUCUGGCAACCUCCACUCCUACAUCUGCUUUCAUGUUAUCUGACGAGGAAAAGUGUCAGCAAACUGAUGAACAAAAGACUGAAAAUUUGCAUGCUCCUCCAGAGCCAAACAACACCUAUGUUGCUGAUAUUAUUUUGGGCCACAGACAGAUUAUGUGUAAUUUAAUGGAGGCCCUAAGCUACUGCAACAGCAACACAAUGGCCAUGAUCCUUGCUAGUAGGGGUGUGUCUAGCCACAUGCAGGACACAUUUACUGGGAGUAAUCCUAUCUCUGUUGGGGAUGGCAUCUACCAAAUACUGCGGACCCUGUCCUCACAUUGCUCUGACCAGAAGUUGGUUCUAGAAUCUCUCUUCUAUUACAUGUCUGGCUCCUAUAUGGGAAUGACCUCGUCACCCUCACUCUGUAGACUGUCAGAACCGCUGCUCUGGUUCAUGCUGAAGGUCCUGGACAACUCACGUGCAAUUCAUAUAUUCCUUGACAUGGGUGGUGUGAAAGUCGUGUGCCGUAACUUGGUAAGCUGUAACUGUAGAAUCAUCAACACAUCACCCAGUCUCAUCUCAACGAUCAUGCAGAAUCUGAAUGGUAGAACAAAGAUGAUGGAAAAGAAGACGACAGGGGAUACAGAAUCCCCAGAUGGAUUGCAGAACUUUGCUCCCUUAGGUUCCAUCAGUUCCAGUAGUCCCACAGCUAGUCCUGCAGAUGUCCUUAUACAGGCUGCACAAACACAUCGUAGGGCACGAUCUGCAGCUUGGUCCUAUCAUUUUUAUCCAGACGAGGCCUGGGUAGAUCUUACUGUACAACUGCCAUUUGCUAUUUUACUGAAGGAGGUCCAGAUACAGCCCCACAAUGCCUCACUUACUACAUGCCCAGCCUUUGUGUCAUUGGAAAUCAGUCAUGAUGGAGUGACAACUACCCCACUGUGUCAGCCUCUGAUGACCAGUAGUCUGGCCUUCAUAAAGCUCCAACUGCAACGGCCAGAGGUGGCCACAUGUGUGACCAUCCGUCUACACAAAGCUCGAGAUUCCAUGACCAUUGGUUUGUCACAGAUCCAGCUAGUUGGCUACAGUGCCUUUGGGGACACUGGCAGUGCCCCACAGAACAUUUUCAUGCCUACAGAGGACUUUGUGUCCAGAUCUAGUGUGCGAUGGAUCCGUCUGCUUCACCACUGCAUGACUGCCCAUAAGGAAGUUGAAAACCAAGUGGCUGCAGCAGCUGCCAGCACUCCAAACCUCCUCAACACAUGCUCAGCCCUUCUAGUCUCUCCCAUGUCUAAUGUAUAUGCUCCCAACAUAGAGAAUGUACUGCUCAACCUAGGACUACACUCUAUUUCCAUGGGCCUGGCUCUCAUUGAUAACAUCCUUCGGAGUCCUCAAAGUCAAGCUGAUGCUAAUUCAGGGAUAACCACCCCAUACUUGGGGAAAGUGAGUGGUUUAGCCAAUGAUUCAACAGUGGAACUGCUAUACCAACUUAGCACUGUGCAAGACUCGGGCACAAAACACAGAGUGAAGGCAUUACUGGACUGGCUGAGAGACAGUGCCAGAACAAGUCUACAGAGGAUGUCUAUGUACUCUGCUGAAGGUUACAGUCGAGGGUCGUCAGUGUGUCUACCUAGCCCUGCACCCUCACACAUUCAGUGUGUCGCAUCUAUAUUAUGGUACAGUCAUGAGGUUCAAGUGGAAUACAACUUGUCUGAUCUGAUUACAGUUAAUCUAGUCAGUGCUUUAUAUGAGUGGUCAACAGUGCUGAAAUCUGACACAGCACUGAAGAAGUCUGUUAACUAUGUACUGUGUUCUGUGUGUCACAUCAAUCCGGAGUACUUCUCCCAGCUUCUGACCUGGAUGGGUGUGAUUGUCAAUGGUGAGAUCAGCAUGUCAGCAUCAGUGUGUGAUGACCGUAAGGACGGAGGGUCACAUCUUCACCAAGAGUGUCUCACAGACGACUCAAAGGAAGCCAACAGUAUACAAAGGCAGCAGAGUCUGGGUACGGAAUGUCCUUUGGUGGACAUACCAGUACCAGGCUUUCGUCACAUUGUGUUGGAGGAGACGCAUCUUUCAACACUCUCCUUAGCAUGUAAAUCACCAGUGGCUAUUAAACAGUUACUUGAUUCUGGAUUUCCAGCAGUGUUGGCACAAGGAUUGUUUGAAUUCUGUAGUAAGGUGAUGUCACACCUCUCAGAUGGGUUUGUGAAUUUAGAAGGACUUACAGACACUUGCAAAACAUUGAAUGAUGAUGCAUCUAGUUCAAAGGUCAAUCGGGACAAUGGCAAUGAUACAGAUAAUAAUCUGUGGAUGACUGCAGACAUAGUAGCUGCAGUUCUGCGGUUUUUCUCUGAGGUAUCCUCGGAACCUUUAAUGAAAGACUGGUUGGGAGGAGCAGAAGGCAAUAUAUUCUGGCCAGCCAUCCUCACUAUGCUGUGCAAUACCCCGGUUCAGGCCACUGCUAUCAGGAAAAACUCAAAUCACCACAUUGAGUUAAUGUCACUUGAGGACAGGACAUCCAUCGAGACAGCAACAGUACGAUUCUUUACUCAGGUGACAUCUUGUCACAUUGUUAACCAGCUGUUGUUUGCCAAGGUUCUGUGUGAGGUGAUCAAGGAACAAAACAGCAGCUCUAAAACUGGUCAAGUGUGCAGUAAUUUUCCACUAUCCGGAUUUACUCGCUGCCUGUUCCUGCAAGCUUUAUUGGAGGAUGAGAAGGUGUUGGUGGCACUUCAGUUUAAUCAGCAACAGCAACAAGAUCAGCGCAUACAAUUCAGCACCAAAAAUAUUAAUCCUGUUGAGCAUCCCAAAUACUCUGGAGGGCGCAAUUACCACACUAUGGUGGUUAGUCUACACACGUCCUGUUCAGAUCUCCUGCAGAAAGUGUCUGAUGCCCCAGGUUUGGCUGGACAGUUCUUGGAAAAGGCAGCAGAGAAAUCAGACGAGUCAAAGCGAGAACUUAGUGGCUCAUGUUCAACUGAAAUAGCAGAGUAUAUUACGACUGUUGCUAAAGGACAGGCUGCCAAGGAAAAGAGAGCUAAGGAUGAUCGACCAGAAUCCAGUAAGUCAGUCUUACCUCCACGACCACCCACACGUAGAGGACGACACACAGCAGAUGCAGUUACAUCACAGCUCUUUUACCCAACUAUGUCUCUCUAUCACCCAAAACUACCUAAUAAAGCAUUGCCUAGUGAUUUGACACUGUCCCAGCUACUACAGAUUUUACACCAGAGAGGAGAUCAGGAGGGACACUCUGUUCUCCAGUUUAAUGUCAAAAUUGAGUCAAAGAAGAAAGAAAGCACUGUUCAAGAUGCUCGUAAGUUUGAGUCUGAUGAAGAUGUAAUUCCAGAUGAGACACUGUUGUCUGUGUCUUCAUUCCCAACGGCAUUACAAGUGUUUGCUAGUGUAGGGGGUUUAGCAUUGCUGGCAGAACACUUGCCACUGCUCUACCCGGAGAUCUCCCGCCACCCAACUCAAGACCUGAUUAACACCAACUAUGGCAGCAAAACCAUGUCCAACUCCAGUGAGCUACUCGACUGGGUUACAGUGGAACCAUUCCCAGAAGAUUUUUAUGAACUGUAUGAGCCAGUGUCUCCUGCACCAGCAGUGUCAAGGGCAACCAACCCAUCAGUAGCUAUGCCAUCUAUUCCGCCACAUUCUCUGGUUGCCUUUGGUCUAUUUCUGAGGCUACCAGGCUAUGCUGAGGUGCUGCUGAAAGAGAGGAAGAAGGCCCAGUGUCUACUCAGACUGGUACUUGGAGUCACAGAUGAUGGGGAUGGAGGUCAUAUCUUGACAUCAGCCAUAGCUGGCUCCCUCCCAACCUUACCUUUCCUAGUGCUGAAGACACUUUAUGACAGCACACCCCUUACAACUGAUGAUGGAGUUCUGUUGAGGCGUAUGUCACUUGAGAUCUGGGUGAUCCACCUGAUUCUAGCCUGUUUGUCAGUCCUCAGUCACCACAUCCCACGGACAUCUGUGCCAGGUUUCCAACAGGAGGCCCAGAUGAUAUUGUCUGCCAUGCAGACUGCUAGCACACCCACUGUGAACUCUGUGAGCCAUUCAUCAGAGGAGAAGUCUCAGCAGUACUGGGCUAAGGGUACAGGCUUUGGCACAGGCUCCACCACCUCAAGCUGGGAUGCCGAACAAGCUCUUGUCCGCCAGAAGAGUGAAGAGGAACAUGUGGCCUGCUUGCUACAGGUCCUGGCAAGCUAUGUGAAUCCAAGUGGUGAAGUGCCCAAAAACUUUGAGGAGUCUGAUUACACAGCUCCCUCUGAGAAGAUGCUCCUGCCUCCCAAUAUUCCUGAGUUGCUGGGUCAGUCAUGCCUGGUACCAGCCAUCUCAUCAUACCUCAGGAAUGACUCUGUUCUUGAUAUGGCCCGCCAUAUCCCUCUAUACCGUUCACUUCUGGAACUUUUACGUGGCAUUGCAGUAUGCCCGUCUCUUGUGCCACUUUUGCUGCCACUAGACAAAGAAAACAAUACUGACUCGACAGCAGCUGUUGGAAUUUUGCUUGACAAAAUGAGAGUGUGUGUUGACACCUAUGCUAGCCGCCUCAAGUCCAACAAGGGUAAGAACGGCCAGUCUGGGGAUGAGGAGGAGAAUGAAGGGCUGGCUUUACUCAUACCUAACAUUCAGGAGACUGCACAUAUAGUCAAAGUGGCUACAGAGAGACUGCAGAAGUCCACAGAGUGUGACAACAGUAGUAUGGAUAGUGAAGAAGCAGUCCUGGACAUUCUGUCAGACAAGGAAACCCAGGACAAAAAAUACAUUGAGGCCAUGAAAGCACUCCAGUUUGAUACCUCAGAAUUGGUAAUAGAUGAUGGUACUGGGAUCAGAUUUACAUCACCUCACCACUACGAGAAUAAUGUUAAAGCUGCAGGGGAAAUCAAUAACCCAGCCCGUACACGUCGCCUCGCUCAGGAGGCGGUCACUUUGUCUACCUCACUGCCCCUCUCAGCUGGUAGCUGUGUGUUUGUCCGGUGUGAUGAGGAACGUCUGGACAUUAUGAAGGUGAUGAUCACUGGUCCUGCUGAUACUCCCUAUGAAAAUGGCUGCUUUGAGUUUGAUGUGUACUUCCCACAGGAUUACCCAAACUCUCCACCAUUCAUCAACCUAGAAACUACUGGAAACCACACAAUUAGAUUUAAUCCCAAUUUAUACAAUGACGGCAAGGUUUGUUUGAGUGUAUUGAACACAUGGCAUGGUAGACCAGAAGAAAAAUGGAAUUCCAACACGUCUAGCUUUUUACAGGUGCUUGUGUCCAUACAGUCAUUGAUAUUGGUAUCAGAACCAUACUUCAAUGAACCAGGUUAUGAAAGAUCCCGUGGGACAACCUCAGGGACUGCUAGCUCAAGAGAGUAUGAUGCUAACAUCCGACAGGCUACUGUUAAAUGGGCAAUGCUAGAGCAAUUACGCAACCCAACACCUUGCUUCAAGGAAGUGAUCCAUCGCCACAACUGGCUCAAACGGCAUCAUAUACUGCGCCAGUGUGAGCUUUGGAUAGCUGAGAUGGAGUCGUAUUGUAAUGACAAGAGAACAGGACGCACUAUAGCCCACAGCACCCUUGCUCUUAAACGACACUACAACCAACUGCGAGAAGAGUUUGCCAAGAUGAAACCUCCAGAAGGACUAGAGGAAGAGGAAGCAGAUAUCGAUCCCAAGGGGAAACAGUAUCAGACAGACACCACCCUCAAUACCUCUGCCUCCACAGGAGAUCUGGAGGCAGCUGUUGCGGGACCCUCCACCUCCCAGACUGAUCCGUGUAAUAACAUGUGACAGGGGUUGAUUGUAUAGGAUUGUACAGGACAAUUGACCAAGCUACUCGCUGUGUGAUUAGUCAGGAAGUAUCUCCUGAUGUCUAGCACUCCAGUACUUGGUCCCAUAAUGAUAAUGGAAGCAAGCAGUGGAAAUUGAUAUGAUUCUGACAGUUCCUAAUAAAUACCAGAAAUUGAUGUUACCAGGCAGAAAACUGGAGUCAUCACCAAAGAUGUUAAUGAUGCAGCGAAGUGCAGGGAUAUACAAUAAACUGGUUUGUGACCAAAACAACAUCAACCAUAAUAUAAUCUGCUACAAAAUCCUGGAUGUUUGUACAGCUAAUAGCACUAAUGAUGUUCAAAUAAGGAUAUUAUCCCAUCACGAAACUAUAUCUGGAGCAUGGGCAAUAUUUAUUCAUUGUCAUUAAACUUUUCAACAGAUGAAAGGUUCUGUCAUGAGUUUUUCAAAUUAUUUAUUUUACUUUGACAGAACAAUAACGUUAGGUAUAUGAUACUAACGUAAGAUCAAUAUUUUAUUUAAUAUUUUUUGUGCUGAAAUUGUAUGUAGUUGAUAAGUGCGGACAUUUUAUACCGUACUUUAUUCUGUGUCACACUAGCAGGUAUCUGCUAUGUGAUAGAUUUAUGGUUACAUUGUGUAUUGUACUAAUAUGAUGGAGUUGACCACAUGGCAGUUACUGUGACUGAAGCAUUUCUGCAAAUGGCCAAACCUCUAAUUUAUGUUAUAUAUGUAUUUUUCACUUCUUCAAGUGUGUGUGGUUUGUUAUCAGUGCUUACAAUGCUAGAAAGCUGUCCCAAAAACUUGUGGUGAGGAGUAAUCUGUCAGACAGGCACUGUAAGUGCUACCCCACACUUUGGCUUCAACUGGUACGAUUUGUGAUAUAGUCAUGCAAUAUUGUGAUAUUUUCAUGAAACAUGAGUGUGAAAGUCAUGGAAUGCAUUGCUUAUAUUGACGAGAGACAUUGUGAUUAUCUAGUUGUUGGAUGUUGUGUCUGUAGUUAAGAAUGAUUUUGUUCCCACCAUUGCUGUGUCCAGACAAUGCCAAAUUGAUAAUAAACCAGUCUUUGAUAAUAAUGAUAAAUCAGAAUCCUUUGAUAUUUGUGCUUUAUGUGUGUAUUAUUACCUUGUGGAGCCAGAUUUACCAUUAUCCAUAUGGUUUUGAUUUUAUAUGGCAUGCCCAUGUCUUUACAAGUUUAUUUUGUGUGUGAUUCAAUGGUUUUACAAUCACUCAGAUUUCAAAAAAGAAUUCUUUUCUCUGUUUUAUUAAAUGUUUUCUUUCUCAUCCUUUUUCAGUUGAAGCCUGCACAAUAUUUUUAAUUUGUAAGAUGAUGUCUUGUUUACUUUUUUACAUCAUGACAGUAUUGAUGAUAAACACUUACUGUAUGUGGUCACUGGGGACCUCGUUUUAUGUCAGUCACCAGGAUACAAACCCAGUAAUUGUAUUCUUGACUAAUACACAGACACUGGUAAGUUUGUCUUUUUUUUCCCUUUUUUUUUUAAUUGGAUGUGUUUAGUGUAUAAUGUUAUACAUUUCAUUUUAUGUCCUGGCCUGUUUCAGUGAUGGAAUUAAAAUAGGCUUGGAAUGGGUUGAAGGGGAUUCCAAAGUGUGAAGUCUGGAGACAAUACAUGUAAUUGUGUGGAGUGGCUAUGAUAAAGGAUUUGGGAGCUCUUGUUGUUACUGAUUUAUCUGAGAUGUAAAGCAAUCCUGAUAAUACGAUAGGAAGUAGCUUUAUUUUUUGCUGACCAUAAGUGAUGGUGAUCAGGUUGUAACACACACACUCCCCCCCCCCCCCCCCCCUUUUUUUUUUUUUUUUUUUUUAGAUUCCCCUACUUACUCUUCUUUGUUUCUGGCAAAUGAUAUCUUUUUUUAUAUAUUUUUUUUUUCUUGAUAUACAGGAGUAUUCCUGAUUACAUAUUCGGGUAACUUUUUCUCACAUUUCAUCCUUAGUUGUUUGGAAAACUGUCCAUGUGAAUUAUUUUCUGGGCAGCUGUACUUUUUUUGAAUGUAUGAGCUAAUUUAUAGACUUUACUUUGAUUGGGACAAUUUGAGGUCUUGAAGUCAAAUUCAAGCUUGCAAGUAAAAGUAUUGAAAUAGUAGAAAAUGAUUGUGUAUGAUAUUUGAUUAUUACUUUUCUUUGAUUUGACGUCAUUUCCUCAAAAAUGUCCUAAAUUUGUUGUAAUUGUUUUCAUUAAAUUGUUGUCUGUGGCAUGUUGACUAUAUAGAAUAUAAGUAUAAAGUGUAUUGUUGUUGUUUUAUAUCUGUCGUUAUACUGGACUAAUUCAUUGUCGACUGUAUACACUGCUAUGAUAGUAAAUGGGGUAGAUGUCGGAGUGAUUGAGUAGUUGUGUGUGGAUGUGUCUAGAGUGAUAGUUGGUGUGCUCUAUCUGUUAGUAAUAAACAGGGAUGUUGAAAGUAAUAAUCUUUACUAAGGUUAAUUUCAUCCCCAGAUUGUCUUCAUUUUAAUAAAAAGAAAAAAAUUGCAAUGUU